AUGUUCUCUGCUCGCUCCGUUGCUUGCACUUGCCUGUUGUUGCAGCUCGGGUCUGGAGUGAUCCUCCCGGGGUUCAAACCCACGGGCACCAAGUUUGACAUUGGGACCGGUGACCUUGGAGAUGAGAAGUUCAGAGACAAGGAGACGCUACAUAGAGUCUCGAAUGUGCCUGGCGACUUCGACGACCUGGAUGAAGCAGUAGAUCACAUCCGGCUCAUGGUUCGCAACUCGGUCACAUCACAGCGAACAUUGAUCAAUCUUGGACCCGGGAGCCAUCUGAUCAAGAAGAAGUACAAGGAGGUGGCGAUUCAAAACAAGAUCUGGCCGUAUUUCAGGGUCCACACCCCAAUCUUUCUGGAUGGAAAGAGAACAAGGGCCCUGGUGCCAGACGAUGGAGCAGAACCUGUUCAAAGCAGUGAGAAGCCGGUGGCGUACCUUCCCAAACGAGAUCCGCGAUUCGUCAACAUUACAAACUCACUCCAGGUCAUCGGCAGUGAAGGCAUGAGAACGCGGGUGUGUGGAACAUGGAGGUUUCAUGCUCCCGGCUGCACUGGAUGGAUUCGAGAGUUGGUCCUUGUCAACCAGGAGGACAUGGUCAUCAGCAUCAAGGAUGGAGAUUGGAAAUUCGAAGGAUGCAUGUUUGCUGCUGCAGGCCGGGAAAUUCUUGCAGUAAAUGUCUUGGAGCUGAGCGGAAGCACCAUGGUAUACCUGGACCAGUGUAUCAUCCAGACUUUGUUUCCCGGCACCCCCGACUCAACUUGGGCAGUGUGGCCUCCCGGGUUUGCAACGCAAGGAGAACCUAUGUAUCCUUCUGCCUACAACCCAUGCCCGCAGCAUGCAGGGGCUGCUGAUAGGGGCAGGCGUAAAGGAUGUGAGUGA